AUGGAAAAAAUCUGGGAAGAAGUUGAAUCACACAUAGAAUCUAUAUCGAAAAACACCCGUGCCACGCAAUUCAACAAGGAAUUUUGCAUUGAUAUUGAAAAAAAUGUGAGGGUUACGUAUCAAACAAUCUCGCCGCUGAAAACGAGGUACGAGCCAACUGGUGAGAAUGACUUAAUGUUUAAAGGGUUGAGUACUUAUGUGAAGGUGUUGUCGACGUUGGAGAAAGUUGUACAGUGGGCAGCAAACCCGUCGAGUAAUGCUAGUCUUAUUCUUUUGUUACAAAGAUUGAAUCUUAUAGAUCCUAAAACGCUCUUGACCAACCUCCAAAAUGCAGUAGUCGCAAUAGUAAAAAUACUAGCACACUCAAGAGGAUCACUACCGGACGAAUCAAGUCAUAUUUCAUUUCCACAACCAAAAAAUCCAAUAUUAUUUACUCCUGCACAACUAGUUCAAAAUGCAGAAGUUGGACCCGAUCCGCCGAAAUCAAUAUUCGAAAAAACGAUCAGCUGGCUGAACUCUGCUAUUCGAGAUGAACACAUAAAGCAAUUCGAUUAUGCGGAAUUUACAGAGUUUAUGAAUAUUGGUCAAGGUGGAUUCGGAGAAGUUAAACGCGCAUAUUGGGAUGGUACGAACCAGGUAUAUGCGCUAAAGUCAAUUAAACCACAAGAAGAAACGUCGAAAGAGGAAAGAAAUCUUUUAGUUCGUGAGAUUAAAAUGUUGUACACUUUAAGACAUCAUGAUAAUGUUGUUCGCUUUCACGGAAUUUCUUACAAUGAAGCUGAACGUACACAUUACUUAGUAAUGCAAUACGCAAACGGUGGUACUCUUCGAUCGUAUCUCCAUACAAAUUUUAAAUAUCUUACAUGGCAAGAUAAGCGACGAAUCGCCGAAGAAAUAGCAAACGGACUAUUUUGUAUUCACAAAGAAAAUAUAAAUCAUCGUGACCUGCAUUCAAAAAACGUCCUCGUCCACGACGGUCGAAUGAUGAUAGCAGACUUUGGCCUAGCAAAACUUCUAGACAGUCAAGAUGUCUCGAAGACCGCUGCCGGAAUGGUAGCUUACAUAGAACCACAAUUAUACAAGCAAUUGCACUAUAAACGUGACAAACAAUCAGACAUCUAUUCGUUCGGAAUACUCCUCUGGGAAAUCUCAAGCGGUCGCAUACCAAACAUAAGACCGGCAGAAGUCGUUCAUGGGUACCGUGAAUUACCUAUUGCUGGUACUCCAAAAGAUUACUUUGAGCUUUAUACACAGUGUUGGGAUGACAAGCCGAAUAAAAGGCCAAGUAUCGAACAUAUUAUUAAGGGUAAGCGGUUGGAGGAUAUGAGGUUUGAGCCUGUUUUGUCGAAAGAAGAAAUUGAUGAAAUGAGUGCAAAACGAGUUAAUUAUGAUAGCGAUAGUAAUAAUAGUAAUAGUACAGAGCCUAAGGUUGACAUUAGUGAAAAUGACAUUUAUCUGUUACCUUAA